AUGAAUAAAUUAUUGCUUAUAAUUCUAAAUUGUUGUUUGGGUAGUUUUUUUAUGGGAUUCUGUUUGGGCCAGAUGAAUAUUAUAAGUUCAGAUGUAUACAAUGUAUAUAAAAUUGAAGAUCCUUUUACAAAAGGUCUAAUGCAAUGUAAAUUAUUAAAUGUUUUCAUUCAGCACUUUUAACAAUAGGAGGAGGUAUAGGAUCCAUUUCAGCAUCAAUAUUGAUGGGUUUAUUUUCAAGAAGAAAGAGUCUCCAAAUAACUGAUUUUUUUGGAAUGAUGGCAAUAUUAAUAUCAUUCAUGGAUGAAAGCAAAUAUGCACUUUUAGCAUCUCGUUUCUUUGUAGGUGUUGUAUUAGGACUUAAUGGAGUUCUAGUUCCAGUAUAUAUUAAUGAAAUGUCACCAAAAGAAAAAGCAGGAUUUUUGGGAACAAUGAAUCAAUUGUGUAUAACCUUAGGAAUCCUAUCAUCUUUUUUAAUGUCUUAUUUUUAAGAUGUGAAAUUACCUAUUCCAUUUUACUAGAUGAUGUUAUAUUUACCUAUUAUACCCUGUAUAAUAAGAGCUUGUGCAUUAUCUACUAUAUUUAAAUAUGAAACGCCUGUAUAUUGUGCAAAAAAUCAUUUAAAGUAUCAAUAAGAUUAAAUCAAAGCUAGUAAUUACAAAAGGUUGUGGAAAUGAUAUACUAAGAGAAGGCAGAAAAAAUGUAUGAACAAUUUUAAUCAUAACAAAAAUCUUCAGAAAGAAGAAUUACAUUUAAUUAAUUAUUUUCAUAAAAAUAUAGAUUACGAUUGUUUAUUGGGAUUUCAUUGGCCUCUCUACAACAAUUAGGAGGAAUAAAUGGAAUAAUGUUUUAUUCUUCUUCAAUUUUUGAUUAAGUAUAGAGUUGCAUUUUAAUUAGGUGACUGGGCAAGCAUCUUAAAAAGUUUUUUAUUUAAAUUUAAUAGUUGGUUUCAUUGGUGUAUUUACAGCAUUGCUAGCUACAAUAAUAAUAGAAUAAUUUGGAAGGUAUGAUAUAUGUUUAAAAAAAUAAGAAAGCCUAUUUUAAAAUAUGGAACCCUUUGGUGUUUUAUUAGUUUAUUAAUGUUAACGUUUUUGAUGUCUAAUAGUAUAGGGAAUACAACAUUUGGAAAAUAUUCAAUAGUGAUCAGCAUAUUUUCAUAUCUAUUUGGAUUUGGAUUUUCUUUAGGUCCAUUACUAUUUAUUUAUUUAACUGAAAUAUUACCGGAUUUAGGAGUUAGUGCAAGUGGAUUAAUGAAUUGGAUGUCUGGAGGACUUGUAGCUUAGAUGUUUCCAGUUAUUGCUUCCUACGAUAUAUCUUAUUGUUUUGCCUUAUUUUCAAUAUUUAAUUUGAUAGCGUAUGAAUAAAUUUAAUUAUAUAAAAAGAUAUUUGAUCAUCCAAAACAAAGUGGUUGAAACAAAAGGAUUAGACAAGGAAACUGUAGAGAAAUGUUUUGAAAACUAAAAGUUUGAUUACAUACCUUAUUAGGAGGCUUACCAAGAAGAAAGAUUUCGUUGAAAUAGAAAUUGGAUGAAUCAUUGUC